AAAAACCACGUCGGCUCGGCUUCUUGGCCUUUUCCGGAAAGCGCAAGUGCGCAACGAACCCCGGGCCCCGCCCGCCCGCCCGCCAUGCCGGCGACUCGCCGGAGCGCCGCCGCCGCGGGGAUGCCGGGCGGCGAUGGAAGCGACGGAGGGAAAUGCGGUGGGGAGGAAGGCUCCGGCAGGAGCAAGGGCCCGCCGGCCUCGCCGAACAAGCGCGGGAAGGUGUCCCUCGGCGGCAAUGGAAGCGACGGGGGGGAUGAUAGCCCCGGCAGGAUCAAGCGGCCUUCGGCCUCCCCUCUGGCCUCGCCGAACAAGCGCGGGAAGGCGGAGGCGUCCGAGCCGAAGGAGAACGCUCUAGCCGCGGCGGAGAGGAACAGUUCGGGGCGCUCAGAGGGGAAGGAGAUGGGGAAGUCGGGAGGAACACAUUUUAAAUAUGCUGACAAAGUUAUCCUAGGAGGAGGGGAUGAUAUUGUUUUCGGUCAAAGUGGCAAGCAUGCCGAUAUUUUUCAGCAUCCUCGACAUGGUAAUAAAGUUACUAAAGCAGUGUUUGUUUCUGCUGACAAUUCAGCUGACACUGAGCCCACCGAGUUAGUAUCUGUACCAACCACAUCAUCUGGAGAAGAUAACCAAGGAGUAAAAGAAUCUGCUCUUGGAAAUCAGUGCGAUCCUAUUAAAGGCAGUAUACCUCUGAGCGUUUGGCAAGCCUUUAAGGAUGGGCUGAAACAAGGCAUUCUUAACCCUGAUGAUAUUGAAGUAACCCUUGAUAGUUCCCCAUAUUAUGUCAGUGGCACUGCAAACGAAAUACUUUUAUCAUCUGCUCUUAUGCACAUGGAAAAGGAGUUCCGGAAUCGCUUUGAAAAAAUAUCAUCCCUAAAUCGGCGAAUUCUAAUAUCCGGUCCAUCAGGUUCCGAACUGUAUCAGGAAGCAUUGGUGAAGGCACUUGCAAAGCAUUUUGAUGCUAGACUUCUCAUACUUGACUCUCUUGUGCUUGGUGGUUUUCAGGAUUCCCUAAAGGAGUUAAGGAAGGAUGAUGCACCGACAGGAGCUGACAUUGUUGGACUAUCCAACAAAAACACUUUCGGAGAAGUUUUUUAUGCUGCUUUAGGAAACCUGAUUAUUGAGGUCAUUUCAGAAGAAAGCUGCUGCAGUAAAUUGAUUGUAUUACUCAAGGACGCACAUAUGUUGUUGACAGAGUAUAGAGAAUGGCUGAGAAGAGAACUUCCAAUUUGUGUUCUGAUUAUUGGAUGCCAAACUCAGGGAGGCAAAGAUCAGGAAGCAUCUGGAAGUCAGCCUAAACUUUUCCCUCACAAAAUUUGCAUCGAACUUCCACAGAACAAAGAGCAGCUAUCAGAUGUAAGGAAACAACUACAACAUGAUAUUCAAAUCCUCAAAACUAAAGCCAUUGUUGCUAAUAUCAAUGAGGGUUGGUCGGCGGAGCGUAUGCGUGCCAUCCAGGCUGUCUUCCCAGCGGCCCCGGACGUGAUGGUCCUUUACCCUAAUCAAUUCCUGGACCUAUGGGCGUGCGGGCAAGCCGUGGAGGAGCCGUGGGCUGAGGUGUGGAGGCGGCUCCCGCUGGUGCUGCACGACGUGCAGCUGUCAGAGGCCGUGCAGAUAAAUCUGCAGGCGGAGCACUACGACGGCAUCGUCAUCAAGCGGCAUGACUUCAGCGAGACCAUCAGCAAGGUGCUCAGGAAGCACCCAGGCCCAAUCAAGUGCGUCCGCCUUGAUAGCACCGCCUGCCCCGGGCCUGGCCUCCUAAGCGAGUGGGUGGAUAUGCUGUCAGCAAAGGCUGUGCAAGAGCUGGUGCUGGUCAACCUGACCUGGCCCAUGGAGCAGCUGGAGUUCCCACUACACCGCCUUUGCAGCCAGAGACUGGUGACCCUGGCGCUUGGGUUCUUCGGGUUGACGGCGCUCGGCCUCGACUUGUGCUAUACCCUCUUAUCUCUGGAGCAGCUAAUCUUGGUGGGAUGCCGCUUCUCAGGACAAGCUCUCUCCGCAGUACUCUACUAUCUGACACGCCUGAGCAGCCUCACCAUCGGGAGCUGCGACAUCACGGCCGGAUGCGGCCAUCAAGGCCUGGAGAUCGAGUCCCGAACUUUGACUAGGCUGCACCUGUGCAAGUGCACUGCAAGUGCCGUCACCAUCGUCAACGCCCCAGCGCUGCAAGUGCUCAUCACGGGGGUUACCUCAGCCCCAGCACCUGGAAGAAGGGAGACGCUGGUGCUCAUUGACCUGAGGUCCGCUGACGAGCUGCAGACACUCGAACACCUUGGUCUCCACCUCCAUAGACUCCAGAUUACCAGCGACGCCACUGUCAAGUUGAAGCACCGGCCGGUCGUCUCACUGCCCGCUCUCAAGACUCUCAGCAUUGGGAUACAGGUCUGCGUGCCACACCACGCAUCCAUCCUGGUGGAUCUGCUCGGUAGCCUGCCCCGCCUCCAAGAGCUGACUCUCUGGCGGGUCGAUGAUCUCCCUACCAGUGGUGAUGACGAAACCUGCAGAAAAGCGUGGUCCCUCGACUGUGUGCCGCCCUGCAUCACCCACUGCCUGGAGAACCUCAUCGUUCAAGAGUACAGAGGAGGCGGCGGGGAGGUUGCUUUCGUCCGGCGUGUGCUGUCGAUCGGCUGCAGCCUCGUGUCGGUCACGCUCUGCCUGCACCAGACAGUCCCACUGGAGGUCGCCACCACACCAUUCGGCGGAUGCCUGGUCGCCUCAAACGGCUGUAAGAUAGUAGUCAGGCGCGCCACACAUGGGGUGUACGAGUAAACAACUGCUUUGUCUCAUCUUGUUUUUGAUUUGGUUGCUGAUGCCCUUGGUGUUCUACUGGACAAAGCAUCUGUAAGGGGGAAUCUAAGAGUUCUUAGUGAGCUGAUUCCAUGGGGGCAUCCAAAACGCUGAUGAGCGAUGACACAGUAAUCAUGUUAGAUGGUUCUGAUCGCUCAGUCUGAAAUUGAUCCUAUGUUGUUUUGCAUGGUUGUCAGGAUUAGAAAUCAUUUUCCAUAGGAGUGGAGCUUCUGCCUGCACCUAUAUUUUUGAGAAAAUGAGGAAAAGGCUAGAACCAUGGUAGGGCAAGCACCUCUCCUCAGGAGGGAAGUCAACUCUAUUAAAUAGUUGUUUCAGUAGCCUUCCUAUA